AUGGUCGACACAGGCCUGGCGAAGUAUGCAGCCAAUCUCCAUGCGCGCCCCGAAGAAGAGAUGGUGAAGAUGAGGAGCAGGAGGAGGUCGGGCUUAGAGUUCGAUGCAGCGACAGAGUUUCCCAUGUUCACCGUGAAAAUGGCCGAUUUUCUGGCAAUGGGGACCCUGAAGUCCCACGAAGAACUGCUGAAAGCGGAUGGCCUUUUAGUUUUUGAUGAGACCAUGGGCCGGGCCUUCUUUGUGUCGCACCAGUGGCUUGGCAGCUCGCAUCCCGACCCCCAGCACCAGCAGCUGCAAGUGCUGCAAGAGGCGUUGCGGAAUCUGCUUUCAGGCACUAUCAAAGUAAGUCUUCCCAUUGCAGAAGAGAUUUUCUUUGGCCGCAGCCCUGUCCCCACGGUGGCAGACUUCGAGUCAAAGCCUCUGUAUGUGUGGUACGACUAUCUAAGCUGCCCCCAGGCUAGCUCGGCUCAGGCUCAACGACAACUUGCGAUAGAGGGCAUUCCCUCCUAUGUUGCCAAGUGCGAGUACUUCGUCAUUCUGUGCCCUGCCCUGGAGCAUGCAGACCAGAAGAAGGUGCUCUCCUUGCAGACCUGGCGUGAGCGAGGAUGGUGUCGAGCCGAGAGGGUGGCACGAGAGCUGGCGGCAAGGAAUGAUGGCUACACCAUCGCUGUUGAAAGCGCCAGACAUGUGAAGAUGAUCUUCGAUGUUCAAAAUGCUCAAGGGGCCCCUGGGAACGGAGAGUUUACCUGUGAAGCUGACAGGAUCAAGAUUGGGCGCAUGAUGGUGCAGAUGGUUUGGAACAAACUGGGGUAUUAUUUGGAGAAGGAGGACUUGCACAACUAUCGGCUUUUGUUGAAUGAACAAGGGGCGUUUUUCCUGCAGGGCCUCGACGUAGAACCCGUGGACGGGCUGGUUCCUGGCUUUUCCGGUAACAUGGAUCCGUUCCAACAUCCAUGCGAUUUCGUGCUAGCGAGGUUCCUCCAUCAGAAUGGCUUUCACAGCAGUUUGGAGCGUGACUCUUGUGGCUGGUCUCCUAUUUGCUUUGCAGCUGUGAACGGCAGUUCGGAGUUAGUGCAAGGAUUGCUUGAGAGUCAAGCUGAUCCCAAUGACUACAUCGCCAAAGAGAAGAAGGAUAGAAACUUACCCAAACGCUGUUCGUUGCUCUCCUUGGCUUCGCUCUACCACAGCAACGAUGCCUUGAAGCUGCUCAUCUCAGCUCGGGCGAAUGUCAAUGCCUGUGACACUACGGUUGCAACUGCCUUGCAUGGAGCAUGUGCCGCCAACAAUGCAGCUGGAGUCCGCAUCUUGUUCGAAGCAAGGGCUGACUCUUCUCGGCGCUGCUUUCCAGGGAUGACUCCCCUUCAGGUAGCUUGUGCCUGUGCCUCCGCUGACGCAAUGAAGGAGCUGCUUGCAUUGGUUCCGUCAACGAGCCUACAGCAUUGCUUGCACUUCGCUCUGAUGUUUCAAGGUGGCUAUGCCGAAACGAUCACCUGUUUGAUUCAAGCAAAAGCUAAUGUGGACGAGCAGUUCCGACUGAGGAUGAUGAAGGACACUGCCUGGUGGCUAGUCCUCACACUCGGAGGCUUGCGACACAGGAUAAGCCCUUCGCGUCUCACACUAUUGGCCUAUCACCAUUCCGGGGCAACUCCCCUCAUGUUCAGCAUUCUGAGUGGAUACUUCGAAGCAACAUCCAUUUUGAUUGCUGCAGGAGCACGGCUGGAUUUCCGCGAUUCCCGCGGACAGACAGCCGCAGACCUCGCUCGUCGCAUUCAUGCACCAGCUUCGUUGAGUCUUGUUCUACAAUCUUCGGAAUUGCAUCCGCAAGGACCUGUCGAAGACAAGUCUGAUAUUGAUCAGGACCUGUCGAAGACAAGUCUGUUAACGUUACCGUUCUUGAGAUGCACAGUGAACUCGUUUGACGAGAUUUCUGGCGACUCAAAGGGAGAAGUCUGUUGCGAAGCUGAAGUUCUGAGCCUUGCUAUGGCGUGUCAUGCCUUGCCCUCGUGGGCCGGAGCAGCAGCCGAGGAUCAGGACUUGUGUUUCGUGCCAGUUGUUAUUGCCGUCAGCUCUGUACUUGCGUCUAGGCACAUUGGGAUCUGGGAAGGCCAGCGAGGGACGGGUCAGAGCCUGCUCAGAAUCGACGAGGUUUGCUGCUACACCGAGGUGGAGCCUGGGCGGACCCUGUACACACAAUCGGCGACUGUCAGGUACAGGAAGGGCCUGCUGAGCGGCUUGCUGAUGCCAAUGGUUUGUGAGAUCCUUGCUGGUGUUUGCCAAAGGAAUGCGCAGAAGGGCCUGGCUGCUAUGGUGGCAGGCUCCGAGCGGGAGAUGAGGAUUCGCAACGGGGAGAUGGCGGCUGCGGUCUCAGAACGUGCCCACGUCGAUGUCUCUCCCCUCUGCUCCCUUCAGCGCAGUUGUGGCUAUGAUCAAUAUGGGUGGUUGUCAAAAUUAUGGUCCCUUUUUCGGUCCCUAUCAUAA